CGUAACGUAUGUACGUCACUUCCGAUUCUCCAAUGUUCGCCACUGACUCAAACAUCGUAACGGUAGAGACAGGAGGGAGAUGGCGACCAGUAUGUCUAACGCCAACGUUAGCUAGCCAAAGCGAUGUUUUUUAAACUACCUAUCAGAUAAAGAAUUUACCCUAUUGAUUUCACAUAAGCUAAAUAACCGGGCAGUAUGGAGGAACCGUGGGACUUUGAGUUUCUGUCCCGCAUUGCUGACAGCUGCUUGUCGUUCCUCUCAGAAUUUGUUGACGACUGGCUCGCCAACGAUAUGAGAGUUUCUAUAUUCAAAAUCCUACUCAGCUGGUUAAUUGUAAGUCUUAUAGCCAUUCACUUUGCCUGGAAAGUGUACGGGAAUACAGUCAACGACAUGUAUUAUCGGCAAGGGACUGGACAGAAUGGAGGCACUCCUGAAACAGCAUCUCAUCUGAGUGGAUGGGAAGGCAAAGCAGGAGAUACCCUAAAGACUCAUCGCGAUUAACAAGACAUGGGUGUUGGACCUUAUCCAAUUGAGAGCUGGACUCCUGUAAUGAGACUAAUUAAAUGCACCCUCUGACUUUGCAGAUAAUAAAGCAACAUCAAUGCAUUCAAGAUGCAUGCACAUUCUGGCAACUGCUUGAAGAAACAUCUGCUAUGCAUACCAACAGUGUAACACUGAUAUCCACUAUAUCUACUACAUAGUGCUGUGAGUUGUUUAUUUUUGCUUAUCAGCAUUGGUCAUUGAGCAGAACCUUGCUUGAAUUGAUUUGUUUGACUUAAUGUUCAACUUUUUUUUCAAGAGGCUUCAGUACAAAUGGGACCUACAAUGAUGGGGUUGUGUGUGAAUUGAGGUGCUUCAAGAACAGAGAUGGUAGCACACACUUACCGUAGAGCGAAAUAAUUGGACUUGUUAAAUGAUUUAUGGAAAAAAAAUUAACACUUUCUCAUUACCUGAGAGGAGCAUUGUGUGAACUUGAUGUGAGAUACAGAGUGAUUACAGUAUUUACCCGUUUGAGUUUUUCAUGUCACUUAUUCGACAUUGACCACUCAGCCAACUCGUGCCAAAUUAAAACAUGUCAAAUAAAACUAAUACACAUUAGAUUCUAAUAUAAAGUACUUUCAAAGUUUGGUUGAUAAUGGCAGCUCUGUACAUACCACUUUUUUUUUCAACCCAAUGCUUCACCAGUUUUAGUUUAACAUCUGCAGCUGGAAAAACUUGCAUGAGAUGUGGGCUGUGCCACAAAUUACCAGUUACUCACAUUAAGCAUGGUGGCACGUCGUAUGGAUGUUUCUGUACAGGAGGCCCUAGUGGCUUUUGAUGCGAGAGGCUCAAAUGAAUGGACUACAAUACAGGAAAGAUCCUGAAGGAAAAGCUGCUGCAUUUCGCAUGCAAACAAAGCCAAAAUGGCUUGAAUCAACAAUGUUAUGUUCUUUAGUGAUCUGUUCAAGUGUCCACACCUCAGUCCAGUUUAUAACUUCAAACUGAUCUGUUAACACUAUUUGUUAAUUUUUUUUUUUUUAAACACAUAUAAGAUCAUAAUUAGGUUAUAUUCAGAUUUCCAAAGCCGAAAGGAACUAUCAAUAAUUAAUAGAUUUAAAGUCAUAAUUGCUGCCAAACAUGCCUCUUAACUUGAGGAUUAAAACAUUUUUAUUAUGUGAUCAACCAUUUUGGAAAAUGUUUCUGUUAAGUGGCAAAAAGCAUAGUUAAAUCCACUUGUGAUUUAAUUUAAAAUAAUAAAACAUGAGAAAUUCAAAGGGGAGUUGAAUACUUUCAGUGUGCAUUGUAUGAGCCAUCUUACAAUCAGCUAUUAUAACUGACGUCAUAAUACUGUUAUAACGGUCAAGACAAGGCAAUGUAAUGCAGUGUGUAUUUACAGUCCUUGUCAAAGGAACCAAACUACAAAAUCAUCAGCAUAUUUUAGAUAACUUGAAGUUCCUAACAAGCGAAAAUUCAACUGUGCAAUUUUAUGUAAAUGCUUGGUUGAUAUUAAAUGUGUUGUUUUGAAAAUAUUGAA